AUGUGGGAUAAAUUGGCUCCCCAGACAGAGAGUGAGAAUGCAGAAGACCUUGCUAAUUCUUCCAAGCAACCUGAUAAAGGAAUAGAAAACUAUGAUAUAGGUUUAGAUUUAGGACUACCACCUUUCAAUGCUGAGGAUGAGAUCAGUAAACAGUACGAUAUGCCUGAUAAAGAGUUUCGACAACACAUGCGUCGACUUAACAAAGAACAAAUAGAAAAAAAGCUGUUAAAUCGUGUUCGUGAAGGAAAGCAGACUACAGAAGAUAUAGAUGUACUUAAAGGUCAAGGUAUAGCUGUGGAUUCAGAAGAUUAUCCAUGGGAUGCUCCUCAUCUUUUCACAACUAAUGAGCGAGUUGAUUCCUACAACUGUACUAUCAUUCACAGAAGUCCUAAUCUAGUUUACUCCAUAAAGGCUAAGGAUAAGUUUGUUGGGUCUGCACCACCUUCAAUGAAAACAAAAAUAUUGGAGACAUUCAAAAAUAGCAAAAAUCAAACAAAACAGCUCAGUACAAUUCUUGAAGUAUCAGUUGGUGUUCAUUAUGAAAUAACAGUUAAUUUGGACACAUCUGAUGGAUUAAUAAAUGGGGCUUCUUGUAAAAUGGUUAAAGUGGAACUUACAGAUGCCUCAUUCUUUGCUUCUGGCAAACUUUGGGUUCAGUUUAAUGAUCCAGAAAUUGGAAAGCAACUUCGUAAGGACAGCAGAAGAUUUUACAAGUCUUGUCACAAAAAAGAAUGGACCCCUUUAGAACCUAUUGGUAAGACUUUCUGUGCAGGCACAAAAGGCCAAGCGCAGAUUCAGAGAUAUCAGUUCCCAUUGAGAGCUGCUCAUGCCAAAACAAUUCAUCGCUGUCAAGGAGAUACUAUGCAGAGAGCUGUUGUUGAUUUAACAACCCAAAGAAAGGUUGACCAUAUUCACUAUGUUGCUAUCAGCCGUGUACAAACUCUGAAUGGUCUGCAUAUAGCAAACUUGCAAGAAGACAAAAUUGGCAUAGAUAAGUCUGUCCGGAAAGAAAUGGAACGACUCAGAGAAAACCCGGUUCAACCAUCUCUUCAGUUCCUAUACAAGAUUGAACAAUCUGACAUGAAGCUAUGUUUCUUAAAUGCAUCGUCCAUGAGUAGGCAUAUUGAUGACAUACGUUCUGACAAUAGUGUUUUGGCCACAAAUAUUGCUUGCUUCUCAGAAACAAGAUUUCACAAGAAAGACUCUUUCAAUGAAACAAGUCUGCCAAGUUUUCAACAGUACAGACAAGAUGAAAAUUCUUCUGAUGUAACUAAUAAUACAAAUAGGCUUCCAUUCCAGAACAACAAACAAAAGGAAAAUUCAUCUGGUAAAGCUACUCGACCAGUGCAUGGUUUAGCUGUUUACAGUAAAGAAGACUUUGUAAAAGAGUAUCCUUUGAAAAAAACUUACAAAACCAUAGAGGUGGCUGUUGUGAAGACAGAACUGCUACCAAAUGUUGUAAUUCUGGUUGUGUACAAACCACCAAAAACAGACGUGAAAGAUCUUUGCCAUGUGCUGCUGUCACUGUACCAUCAAUAUGUGAAAGAUUCAGAGGCAAUUAUUCUUUGGGAUUUCAAUGUUGACUGGCAAAAACAAUCUGCCCAAAAAGAAGAACUGAGAAAUUUAAUGGUUGGUGGAUUGAAAUACAGGCAAGUGAUUACAGGACCAACAAAUGACAACAACUCUACAAUAGAUCUUAUUUUCACAAACAUUGAUCAGGACUUCAAAUGUGGAACUAUGGAAACAUAUUAUUCUGACUACAAAAUCAUUUGGAUCAGUUUGAAUUAG